UUCUCCUUUCUGAUUUAUUGCUUAUUUUAUUAGGAUUUUGACCAUUGAAGUGAAGUAUUGCUCAUAGUUAGGGCAAAAAUGGACCUCCGAAAAUCAAUCGCGUGCCAAACAGACGUUGCCCUCAGCAUCACAAAGCAUUUAUUCUCAAAACAAGAAUAUCAUGACAACAACCUCAUAUUUUCACCCUUCUCUCUCCACGCUGUUCUUAGCGUCAUGGCUGCAGGUUCAGAAGGCUCCACACUCGAUGAGCUUAUUUCCUUCCUCCGAUUUGACUCCAUCGACCAUCUCAACACUUUCUUCUCUCAGCUCCUCUCCGAUCUGCUCUCCAACAUUGAUGCCACCCGCCUGUCUUUUGUCAAUGGAAUGUGGGCUGAUAAAUCAGUUUCCCUUUCUCAUUCUUUUAAACAACUUGUCACCACACAUUACAAGGUGUCUUGUGCUUCAGUUAAUUUUCGGACCAAGGGUGAUAAAGUGCGCCAUGAAGUCAAUUCAUGGGUUGAAGAAGAGACGAAUGGCCUUAUCACAAAACUUAUUCCUCCCAAGGCUGUAGGCAAGUUAACCAGACUUAUCUUUGCAAACGCACUGCACUUCAAAGGUGAGUGGAAACACAAGUUUGAUCCAGCAGGCUAUAAUAAGUUUCACCUCCUCAAUGGCAAGAUAGUCUAUGUUAUCUUCAUGAGAAGCAAGAAGAAGAAGCGGUUUAUUAGCACUUUUGAUGGUUUCAAAGUCCUACGCCUUUCUUAUAAACAAGGUAUAGAUAAGAAGCGUCGGUUCUCCAUGUACAUUUUUCUUCCAGACGCAGAAGAUGGACUGUCAGCUUUAAUUGAAAAGUUGGCUUCAGAAUCUGGUUACUUGAAAGACAAGCUUCCUCGGCGAAAAGUACGAGUAUCUAAUUUCAAGAUUCCAAAAUUCAAGAUUUCUUUUACACUUGAAGCUUCUAAUGUGCUACAGGAGGUGGGAGUGAUUUCGCCUUUCUCCCAGGAAGCAAGAUUUACAAAUAUGGUGGAGUCUCCCUCAGGUGAAGAACAUGUUGAAAGCAUGUUUCACAAAGCUUCCAUCGAGGUAAAUGAAGAAGGCACUGAAGCUACAACGGCCAAUUCAACGGUCCUCAUAAAGAAAGGAAAGCGUUUUACUCACCGUUCUUCUGGUAUAGACUUUGUAGCUGACCACCCUUUCCUCUUCAUGAUCAGAGAAGAUUUUACCGGAACAAUCUUGUUUAUUGGGAAGGUGCUAGAUCCUCGUGAUGGAGUAGCCACGCCGGUGAGGCGUAGCAAUUUCAAAGAUGAUGUUAGUGACGAUGAUGAGUACUUGAACAAGCUUCCAUCACUGAGGAAUAUGUCAAAGCAAGAUAUGAAUUCAGAGAAAUUCAUUAUGCAAUUCAGAAAGCGGUUGAGAUAUUAUGAUUUUGGCUCAAGUUUGGAUGGGGGGGAAUGGUCAGGGUAUGGUGAUAGAUCAGCGAGUUAAAACCUGUGAUAUGACAGAACAAAUAUCGUAUGCAUUAUUUAUUACUGAUGCCCUUAAAUUUUUUAUGGUUUUGAUAAAUUGAUGAUUAUUACAAUCUGGCUCAUUUGUCUUUGACUUAUUUUUUCAACUAUUUUGAAAUUGAGUUUAAGAUUGUGCUAUGCUAACUUUCAUCUGCUGUAAAGAUCAAUACUUCAAAUGCCCAACAACCUUAGCUUGUUGGCUUUUUGAGUAUCUUACGCCCAA